CAGGAUUUCUGUUUUCUGAAGUCCAAAUGUUGUGAUCUUUCCCCAAUCAGCAUUUUCUAUGUAAACUGCAAGUCAUUCUCAUGUACUUUAAAUUCCAUCACCUGUGUCACUCUACCAGUUAAUUUAGCACAGUUGUAUUUACUGCGUAUAUUAUUUAACUUCUGCCUGCAGAGUUUAAAACCUGUUUUUCUUUAACAAUAUUCCCUAAACAUGACUCACUCCUCCCCAGCUCUCUUGAAUCCAAAUGCAGCUAUGGAAUAGAAGUGAAAGUAUUUUACAAGUUGAAAAAUGGUAUAUACAUGGAAACCAAAAAUUAUCACAAAUUUGAAACUUGCAACUCCAGGGGGACAAAAGUAAAAUGAUUAAUGAUACUUGAGGAGUCAAACACUUUAAAGUGUAGAUAGGUUAUUUCUAGCUUUGGGAAUAACAGCAUAGUGUUGCAUGCACAAACAAAUUGGCAGGGAUAAGGGAGCAGUGUUUAUUUUCCUGUUUUCCUCUGGACCUUGCUUUAGUGUUAUACAGUUAAAAGUUCAGCUAAGGACAUCCUAGGAAGUGGCCUGUGCAGCAAAAGGGAUUCUGUACACUCUAAACUUUGCACUGUACAGGCUAAAACCACCAAUGUCAAGUAAAAGGAGACCUACCACCAGAUACCUUAACUCCUGUUUCCUUCUUGCCUGCCCCUGUAACCUCCAGAUGCAUCCCAUAACUCUGCUAUAGGUGUCUGGGUUAUAAUUAUGCCUGUUUGCUAGGCACAAUCAAAUGCACUGUGUAUAAUUGCCUAACUUCAUUUAAUUUUGUCAGAGUUUCCAUGGCACAAAGGUCUUCAAGGGGUAUACCAGGUACUUUCCUAGCAAGAUGGGCAUGUUAGCUUAGCAGUAACCAACCAGACCAGCUGACUCAGAGCUACUCCUAAAUAAUCCAUCUAGUUUGCACUUUCUUGGCCAAUACAAAACAGUAAUUUAAAAUACUGAAACUAAUAAUGUAAGUACAAGAUAUGAGAAUUAACUAGCUAAUUAAAUAACUAGAAAGUUUAAAGGUGGAGAGAUUUCUAGUGUAGGUACAGAACUGCAGAUGGUGAGGUUGAAUAGAUUUGAGGGAGGAUGAUUUUUAGGGUAUAGUGAAAAGGCUGAAAUCAUAGCCUGAAAGCCCAGGAUUAUGCGACCAGAUGUGGGAACUAUCCUCAGCCAACUGGUUGUGUUAAAAUCUCAAGAUGCAAAGGGAUUACUUUAAUAUUUAACUUUAUACAUUUUCUUUCCAUAGAAUUAAGUAUCUCCAUAGCAGGGAAACAGAUUAACAAUGUAUAAUUAAAGUAACAGAUUAAUUGACUGGUUAAUAGGUUAACAGUUAAUCUCUGUCCUUUAACUCUUGACCUUGUCACUUCCACUAAAGUUAAAGCUCAGGAAUAAAUAAUUAUUGCCAGGGCUAGCCACAUGAGGAGGCAGAAUAGUCGCUGCAUCAUGUGAGGGGUGCUGGGAGGGCCCCUUGCCUAAAAAUAUCUCCCUGACACCAACCCUGAUUGCCUACUAACUUUAUAGUGAAGAAUGUUAAAACUAUUUUCUGUUAAUUGCAUUCUCUUUUGCUUGAGUCAGUGAUUUAAAUAUACCUGCUUUAUGCCUUCUCAUGACCUUGUUGGCCAGUGACACUUGGUCACCACCUCUUCCUCAUUCUUCCAGGCCUUGUCCUGCUUUGCCCUUGGUACCAUCUAAGCUGCCCAUAUGCCCUUGGCCGUCAUCAUGCAGGUAGCUCUGUGUGGCACUGUGGUUUCUACAGAAUUUCUCAGUAAACUAUCAAGGUGAAGUAGAAAAAAGAAAAGCAUGUGAUUAGAGUCAGAGACUGUGGGAGCAUAAGCAAGACACAUUACUUCUCUGGGCCUCAGUUUCUCUUGUAAAAAAUGAAGAGUUUAACCUAGACUCUUUCCUAGACCAUUUGUUCUACCAGAUCAGAAGCUGCAUUUCAAAAAAGAUUGCCCAGGUGAUUCCUAUGCACACUCAAGUUUGAGAAGCUCCAGAGCAGAGGAUUUCUGGUUAUCUACCUGAGCCAGAUUCCUGAUUCUAUGACUAGUUACAAAGCAAGAAGAAAUUUGGAAGCUAUGCGUAGGGCGCGCAGGCCUCCACCAGGGCAGCACAGGCACUGUGACAGAUGCUUCAACCGUCACUGCCACAUGCCUAUGGAGCCUGGUGUCUCCUGCCUGGUGAUAAACUGCCACCUGUCCUGCGGUGCUACCUUCCACAUGUGCAAAGAGGCAGAGCACGAGCUCCUGUGCCCUUUGGAGCAGGUUCCGUGCCUCAACUCCGAAUAUGGCUGCCCCCUUUCCAUUUCCCGUCACAAGCUGGCCAAGCACCUGCACGUGUGCCCCGCCAGCGUGGUCUGCUGCUCCAUGGAGUGGAACCGCUGGCCAAACUUGGACUCUGAAACAGCCCUUCAUGAGAACAUCAUGAAAGAGACCCCCAAUGAGGAGUGCUUGGACACAGCCCUGGCCCUCCAAGACCAGAAGGUCCUCUUUAGAUCUCUGAAAAUGGUAGAACUUUUCCCAGAAACUAGAGAACCCAUGGAAGAGGAGCCUACCAUGAAUGGUGAAGCCAGUUGGAAGGAAAUGGAAGGAGCGGUGGGUGGGGCAGAUGCUGGUUUGGUAACAACCACCAACGGAGAGGUGGCAGAGCUGAGUCAAGAAGAACGAGAGGUAUUAGCCAAAACCAGAGAAGGGAUGGACCUAGCCAAGUUUGACAAGUGGGAAAAUAUGUUCAGCAAAGAGCAUGCGGCCUCUGCUUUAACGAGCUCAUCAGUGAGCAGUGAGAGCAAGAGCAGGGAUGGCCCAGAGAAAGAACAGAUUUCCAGCAGCAACAACAUGGUAGAAAAGAGCGCUGCCAAAGGGAAGGAAACACAGGAAGACCAGAAGCAGCAGGACUUUCAUGAAGCCAUAGAAAAGUCAGGGCUUGCCCCUUGGCAGGAUGGUGUUCUGGAAAGACUGAAAACAGCUAUGGAUGCAAAGGACUAUAAUAUGUAUCUGGUGCACAAUGGGAGGAUGCUUAUUCACUUUGGUCAGAUGCCUGCUUGUACACCUAAAGAGAGAGACUUUGUUUAUGGCAAACUCGAGGCUCAGGAAGUGAAGACUGUUUACACCUUCAAAGUUCCCAUGAGCUACUGCGGGAAGCGGGCUCACCUCAGAGACACCUCGUUGAGUAGUAGGCCAAGUGAACACAAGGCAGUAGAUACUUUGGAUUUAGGGAUCACUGUGGAGGACCUCCCCAAAUCAGAUCUCAUCAAGACCACCCUGCUGUGUGCUCUGGAAAGAGAACUCAAAGGUCAUGUCAUCUCUGAAUCCAGGAGCAUUGAUGGGGUGUUCAUGGAUUUUGCUACACAGACAUACAGUUUUGAGCCAGAACAAUUUUCCUCCAGGACGGUGCUGGCUGACCUUCUAACCACUGCCAAUCUGAAUGGGCUCCAUAUGGAGCUCCACAGUGAGUGUGUGACCAGGAGACACAACAAGAGCAGUUCUGCCUUUACUUUCACUUGCAACAAAUUCUUCAGGAGGGAUGAAUUUCCCCUACAUUUCAAGAAUGUCCACACAGACAUUCAGUCAUGUCUCAAUGGUUGGUUCCAGCACCGAUGCCCCCUUGCCUACUUGGGAUGUACCUUUAUUCAAAACCAUUUCUGUCCCCCAGGGAAAAAGGCAAAAGUAAUCUACAGUCAGGAGCUCAAGACCUUUGCCAUCAAGCCGGAGGUUGCUUCAGAGCUGAGUGAGGGAGGGAACAACCAUCUCUCAGGCCGUGAAGGAAAAAACCAGAAUUCUCUAACCAGCCUGCCCCUGGAGGUUUUGCAGUACAUUGCUGGGUUCUUAGACAGCAUCAGCCUAUCCCAGCUCUCCCAGGUGUCCGUGCUGAUGAGGAAUAUCUGUGCCACUUUGUUACAAGAGAGAGGGAUGGUCCUCCUGCAAUGGAAGAAGAAGAGGUAUUCCCAUGGAGGCACCUCGUGGAGAGUUCACAGAAAGAUCUGGCAAUUCAGCAGCCUCUUCUCCAAAAUCAAGGGCUGGGAGUUUAAUGAAGUUGCCUCCAUGUCUGAGCACCUGAAGUCCUGUCCUUUCAACGUUGUAGAACACAAGACUGACCCGAUUCUUUUGACCAGCAUGUGUCAGCCCCGUAAGCAGGCCUCAGAGACUUUAGUCACAACCUUUAAUGCCAGACCAAGAGGAAGACACACCUACUAAAGGCUCAGAAGCCACCCUUCUUGGAUUCCCACUCAGGGUUACUGAAAGUUCGACAGAGUUUGGUUUUGAGGACUUCCUUCUGUAAACUGCAAAUGUGCUUAUCUCGGUGUUUUGGAACAUGCAAAUGUCCUUCAAAACCUGAGCAGCUGCACAAGGCCGAAGAAUUUCCUAAGCCAUGGCUUGUAUAACUGCUAUAGUGCCAUACUGAUAACUUAUUUCCUCCCUCCCCCCACACUCUUUUUCUAAAAUAAAUCAGUCUGUGAAGUAUUUUAAAUAGGUGACUUGAGGCCAUUUGGAAGAUGAGAUGAGAGAGCCGUGAAAUUCCAUAACCAGCACAGGCCUGUGCUUUUGUGGAGAGCUUUUCAGUUUAUAAGCACUUGUAAUGAUAUGGAGCAGGCAAUGUAGGGAUAGGGACUGACAUGCCUCCCAGGGCACCCAGGGUGAAGGGCACAGUUUGAAAUUUCUGGAGCUGGGGUUGUCCUGACAGCCAAGUCCAGGGCUUUUUUUAGUUGCCCCACUGCAUCUAAGCCCAGACAGUCCAAACAGCCCGAAAGAAUAGAGACCUAGGCUAAGCACAACAGCCUCGAGGACACCAAAGGCCAAAGGAUGAGAGGUAGAAAUGAGGUCCUAGAAUGCGAUUGUUGUAUAGAAUCCUGGCAACAUAUAGAAGGACAGCCUUGAAAAAUGAAGAAGAAUCCAGAGGAGAUAUUAUAUUUAUGGAGAAAAUUAGGACCAAAAGCCAGAGCCUACUUUCAAACAUUUUAAUAGUGACUUGAGAGUCAAGGUUCUUUUCCUCUGAAAAUUAUAUUCUCCGUCUGGAUUAGGGAGAGCACAGGCACGGGCAAGCACCACCCUGAGCUAAGUGAAAUGAUCACGAGACACUAACACCAACUUCAGUGUCAUGUCAGAAUGCACAGGGUAGCCCAAGGAGACCUCGCAUUUGGAAAAGUCCAGACAAGGCCCACUGCAGCUCCUGUGGUACCAGUCGCCAGGUCCUAGACAUCACUUGAGUACCCCAUCGGGAUUCUUGAGAAGGAAGAUAUCUGAACAUAGUGAUUCCCUAUAAUUGCUCCUACCUAUUGCUGGCCAUGACUGCAUUCUGUCAAAAGUGCGUGACACUUCUGGGUUUUGGUAACAAAUAGUUAAAACUUAUGAGAACAAAAGUAAGAUAAAACUACACAAUAGAAGCUGGCAUCCCUUAAAGCAGGGUUUCAUGGAACUACUGACAUUUUAGACUGGAUAAUUCUUUGUCAUAAGGGACUGCCCUAUGUGUUAUAGGAUGUUUAGCAACACCCUUGACCUCUAUCCAAUAGAUACCAGUAGCACCCCUACAGCUAUAACAACCAAAAAUGUCUCCAGACAUUGCUAAAAAUCCUCUGGGAGCAAGAUCGCUCCUGGUUGAGAACAACUGCCCUAAAGAAUGACAUGCCAAUGGCAGUAAAUUAGGAUAAGUUUGCUUUUUAGUACAGCAAAUUCUUAUCUCACAUAGUUAUCUACAAUGGUCAUGAUUUCAUGCAGCUCUUCUUUCUUUACCAAAUAGGUUUUAGACACAUGAUGAUUUUAAGUUGGGAACCAAAUGGAGAUGGUUUGUUUGGUGUGGCUUCACGUCCCUGGGUCACAGUGCAAAAAGUAUAUCCUAUCAGCUCUCCAGGUAUAGCUGAAGCCAGGAAGGCUGAGCUAUUUAUCUUAACCCUAACCCUAACCCUCACCCUAGCCCUAGCCCUAACCCUAACCCUCUCUCUUUAAUUGAUGCCAUUUUCCUAGCAGUCCUCAGCGAGUGAGAAAGAAGGGAAAAGGAGGAUGGGCAUUGUGGGGGAGCAGAGAACAAAGAAUUUAACCAACAACAACAAAAAAGAGUCUAGUCAAUAUGAAUGUUUGUUAUUGCCUGGGUUCCCCUCUGAACAUGGUUCAGAGCUGGUAUAGAUGAAGUAGAUGACACCCCUGAGAAGAGUCAAGAAGGCAUUAAAGCAAAUCCCAGAGUAGAAGUAUGCUCAUCUUCCAUUAUAAUGUGCCACUUGGUACUAUUGAGUAACGUAACUCUAUUUUUCCUAAUCCUUAUUGUUUGGUUUAUAUUUCACAUUUGUAUAUAAGGCGCCAUUUUCUAAAAAAUAUAACUAGAAUGUGAGCUAAGAUUUUAUUCAGUGAAGAUGAAUAACUGCGACAGCUAAGCAGUGAAGUGGGAGAAAAGGAACUGAUCCAGGGUUCAGUUCCAUGUGUUUUGAAUCUAGUCCUUCCUAUAUGGAGGAAGAAAGUUCUGAAAAUCCAUUUUGGGUUUCUUAUUUUAUUAGAAAAAGAAAGCAAGGGGAGCUGUAGACUAAGGGAGGUGAAAAUCCGGGGCUAACAUGAGCUGCAAGAGAAGUAUAGAGAAAGGAAGAGAGCAGAGGGCUCUUCCUUGACAUUCUGGGCAGCCCAGGGUGCAGGAGGGCAUUCAGGAGACUAACCGCACUGCUCUGUGGGCCCCACCCUUCCAGGCAUGCUUUACUUUCCCAGCUGCUGCCUUCAGCACAAUACUGAGCUGAUCAACAUCAUCAAACACAUUUUACAAGGUAUCUAAUUGUAUACGUUGCGGGAAACCAGAGUAUUGCAGGUAUCCACUGGCCUACACAAUCAAGCACAUCUUAUGGUGAGAGGGCAACUGGAGAAAAAGGGAAGCCUUUUAGAGAGAUGGUGGAUUAGACAGAUGAUUUGAUUAGUGGGAUGAAGCUGUAGUGAACAGCGUGAGCAGCAAGCAUCACCUGAGAGAGGCAAGACAGCUAGACAUGGCUUCAGAUUAAGAAGCAGCUAAGGAGAGUGAAAGGGGACUGUGGACCCAAGAAUAGGAGCCUGGACAGGGAGGUGUCUGCGAGCAGAGCCCUUGAAGAGAAUCACCACCAAGAAAGUCAGUCCAAGUAGAGAUCAGCCAAAUGUGGAGGGCGAGGUCUAUAGAACUGAGGCAGAAAGGACUUUAUUGCCUUAACAAUAUGAGGAUCUGGAAAAGAAGUUUCUGUCUUAUAAUGAAGGGAAAAGUGAAAAGCAAGGUGGAACUUGGAUGUAAGAAUAAAACCACUGCAAAAGUCUGAUCUAUGUGUGAUGGCAGAUCAAACUGAAGUGAAGAAUGAGAUUGUGUAUAUCUAGUGUGACUUACCUCUAUACACUGGAAACCCCAAUGUCUCUAUAGGCAGAAAUAAAAGCUGCUUUUCACUCUGAAA